AAGUCAGAGAUCAGCACUCUGUAGACAUCUCACCAGUACAUACCUUACCAGUCUUCAAGAACGUUCUGAAAAGAGAAAGAGAGAGAGAGAGAGAGGGAGAAAAGUGGGACAUAUCAUAUCUAUGUACCUUUUCUUUUCAAUUUUCCAAGAGGACAAUGAAAAACAUAAUAAAGAGUUCUUUUUCAGAUUUUUUCUUUGAAUAUGAGACUCCUCGUCAAGUUAUAGUCAAGAACAAAAGAGUUGCAGUUGUUUGUAGAAUCAUCCAGCUGGGGGUUCUAGCCUACAUUGUUGGGUGGGUGUUUAUGUAUGAGAAAGGUUACCAGACCGUGGAUACUGCUUUAGGCUCGGUCUUCACCAAGAUGAAGGGACUGUCCUACACAAAUAUCAGUGGAGUGGAGAGGAUGUGGGAUGUAGCUGAUUAUGUUUUUCCUGAACAGGGUGACUCAUCUUUUGUUGUGAUGACAAAUUACAUUUCAACUAUCCAGACACAGGGCAAGUGUCCUGAGCUCCCAGAUGGAAAGAACAAGAACAACUGUGACUCGGACGCAGACUGUGAUGAGGGCAAAUACAAACGUACGGGAAAUGGGCACAUGACAGGAAAGUGUGUGAACUCAACCAGUACUUGUGAGAUCUACUCCUGGUGUCCUGUUGAAGAUGAUCGUCAAAUACCGGACCCUCCAAUUCUGCGGACAGCAGAAAACUACACAUUGUUCAUUAAAAACUCCAUCACCUUUCGCCAGUUUAAAGUAGUCAGGAGUAACUUGGUAGAGAGCGUGAAUCAGAGUUACAUCAGUCGCUGUCUUUAUAACCCCACGGAUGAUCCACUGUGUCCUAUCUUCAGAUUGGGAGACAUCGUUGAGCGCUCUGGUUUCAAUUUCUCAGAGAUAGCUCGCGUGGGUGGGGCUGUUGGAAUUCUCAUUAACUGGGACUGCAAUCUGGACCUGAGUAUCAAAUACUGCAAACCAAAUUAUGAAUUCUAUGGCCUUUAUGGAACUGGGAAAGAUGACAAAGAGGAGAAACCAUCUUUGGGAUACAAUUUCAGAUAUGGCAAAUAUUUUGUGGAGAACAAAGUGGAAAAGAGAAUACUAAUGAAGGUGUUUGGCAUACGGAUAGACAUCAUUGUUCAUGGACGGGCAGGAAAAUUUGAUAUCAUCCCAACGCUGACAGCCAUAGGCUCAGGAGUAGGAAUCUUUGGAGUGGCAACUGUCAUCUGUGAUUUGCUCCUUCUGUAUUUACUUCCAAAGAGAGAUUACUAUAAAAACAUGAAAUUCAAGAAUACAGAAAUCCUAGAGGAGAAGCCAGAUUUGCCCCCAACACAGAAAGAGAAAGAUCAACCAUAGUUGUGGUCACAGUAAUUCCAGAUCUUUGCUGUGCACAGGAGUGAAAGCAGAGCGGCUGCCAUGACGACUGACUGCUGCACUAGGGAAGGAAAAAAAAAACUCCACACUGGAACAUAUAAGCAAUUGGACCGGGAGACAUUACUCACACUCCAGAACUAUCAUUUUCCUUUGUAAAUUAUAUUUCCAUCCCAAAGUUUUAAAAAAAGAUAUUAAAACACUAUUAUUAUUAUUAUUUAAGGCAAAGCUCAUUUGCACUGGGUGUGCUUACUAUUGAAAAGCUUUCAACUGCAAAGGGAAGCAAUAUUUUGAGGUAUGUGACUGAGACGUUUUCUUUGGGAUCCUUACAAGGUUUUCAAACAUUUCUGCAGCAAAAUACUAAUUUCUGGAUAUGGACCAUUUAACGGACUGUGAUGAUGUGUUUUCACCUCAUUUUGCAGCGUAUGAAAGCAAACGUUUUUAUAUUUGCUAAUUCUUUAAAUUUGGUAUAAAUGUAUAUCAUUUUUUGUUAUAUUACUCUGUCAUUAAUUUAAAAAACAAGUCAACACUGCUGAUUUAAGGUUUCAAAUACAGUUUUUGAGGGAGUAUAUUUGGCUCCUUCUCCUAUUUUUUAUUUUUUUUUUCAUUGUGGAAACAUAAAAGUAGAUUGAGGCAAAUGGAAAUGCAAAAUAAUUUGCUGUGGUCUCCCUGCUAUAGAAGUUUACUCAUCUGUAAUUGACUUCUGUGUUCCAAACCUGGAAAUGUGAAAAGAAUCCAUUGUGUCACUUAUAUAAUUCUGGAUAUUGUAAUAGAUUUGUAUUUUAUUUUUGCUUUAACAAGAUAGAUUGUCAAAGACUAGCCUGUUAAAGACGAAAAUAUAGAUAAUUUAAGCAGUCUUUGUAGGAGUACUUUUCACAUCUGUUAGUUUUAAUAGAUUCACAAAACACUUUUCACUGAACUAAAAGCAUCUGGACAGAGAAACCUGAGCCAAAAGUGUUUUAUAUACAAUAUAUACAGAAUAUGUUGGCUUUGUUCUUUGUACUAUACUCUUUUAAAAUGAGAUCAUGUCUCCUUUUCUAUGGGAGAAACUCAUGGGAGUUUAGUUUAGCCAUUGUUACCAAUUUAUUAGUACAUUAUUAAAAUCUUGAAUAAUUUGGAAAUUUAAAUCAGACAGCAUCAUGAAGGAUUGCUUUACCAUCAACAUCAUUGAUCCAUCGUAAUAAAAUUACAAAUGACAAAAGAUAAAAAUAUCAAAGUCACUUGUGAUAUUUUUAUUGGCUUUGAUUAUGUCUAUGUGUACAAAAAGCAUGCAAAAAAUAGCAUCUUUAUAUGCUUUGGUACAUAUUUACAGUACAUGGUUAGAGUUGCAUUCAGUGCUUUCUUGGGCCAUGCUCUUUUUUGUCUAUGUGUCUAUUGGAAUUACAUGUUAACAAAUUACAUUCAAAAUCAAUGCAACAGAAUACAGACAACUAUAAAUUAACUAGCAAUAUCAGGCACUCUGACACAAAUAUCUCAUAAGUUUAAACAGCAGGUAUAUGAGGAAGAUUUAUAUACACCUACUAAUAUACCUUGCAAUGAAAGUCUCAUAAAAUCCCUCAAAUGACUUUUGUUAGAAAGGGAAAUUUUAAAAGACAGUUCUCUCAAAUUCAAUUGUAAUCAUUUACUCACCCUCAUUUUGUUGACUUUCCUUCAUAGAACACAAAAGGAAAAGGUAAUCAAAAUUUUGGCCUCAGUCUCCAUUCACUUGUAUGAAAAAAAAAAAAAAAAAGAUUCAAUAAAAGUGAAUGGUGAUGAACAUUCUGGCCUCAAAUUAUUUUGAAAGUCAUAUGGGUUUUGAAAAAUAUGAGUAAAUGAUUACAGAAUUUUAUGAUCCCUAAAAUGCUCAUUUAUCAUUUUACCAUCAUUUAAAAAGUAAAACCAUAAAAGCUUUGAUAGCAGGAAUGUUAUUCAGCUACAAAAUGCCCAAGUUGAGUUACAAAUGGUCACAUUUCUCUCUCUUCUUUCAGAUUCAUGAUAAACAAAUCUUUGCAAAUGUGGAUACACACUCUAAAAAAACUAUGAGUGAUCAAGCCUGCAAUCAAUUGCACAUGAGCUGCAACAAAAACAGGAUAUAAAGCCUUAGCACUUCAGUUGAAUGCAUACAGAGAGGUAUGACAUAUAGACUGCUGCAUAUGUUUAGCUUAUAUAAAAGUCCUGCAGAAAAAUUUAAAGGGGUUUUAGAGAUAGAGGUGAUUUGUUUUUCUCACAUAGAUAUCAAAAGGAAUAGCAAACCAAGAGAGAGGUUUGUAAAACCUAGUAAAAGUUAUAGCAAGUUAAGGAACAUGCCGUACAUAAAGACACAAACAGGUGCAUAGCAUACAUCAAGAACUAACUGACAAGAGGACUGUUAAUUUGAGACACAUAUAGAAAUUGAAAUAUGCAUAAAUGGAUGCAUAAUUAUUUUUACAGUAAAUAAACGCAUCUUAGAACUCCGGAACACAGAAUAUGCUACACCACUCUCUCUGUAUAUUUCCAAAACAGUAAUGUCCAGACCCUGAGUACCACAUACAGAAUCUCAGUGCAUUUAAAACAAAAGAGACAAGACUCCAUUUAAUGCACGAAUCAAAUACUCCAUACCAACGGACCAUAAAAAGACCAGUCAUUUGGCACUGAAAAUUUUGUAACACUUUACAAUUAGGUGAAUUUAUGCAUUAGGUUUCAUGAACGAACAAUGAACAGUUUUUUAUUACAGUAUUUAUUAAUCUUGGUUAAUGUUCAUUUAUGAAAAUACAAUUGUUCAUUCAUGAUAGUUCGUAAUGCAUUAACUAAAGUUAUCAAACUGUAUACAAAUUAAAAUUAAAAAACAAAAAUUAUAUAUAUAUAUAUAUUAGUAUCUGUUGAAAUGAACUUUAACCAAGAACAAUAAGUGCUGAAAAAGGAUGUUCAUAGUUAAAGGAAUAUUCCUUUAACUUCAAAACAAGUUAAGCUCAACUGACAGCGUUUGUGGCAUAAUGCUGAUUACAAAAAAAAAAAAAUAAAUAAAAAAAAAAAAAAAAAAAAAAAAAAAAAAAAAGGACUCUUUUUCUUUCAAAAUGGUAUGGCAAGUUACAGUGGCACUUACAAUGGAAGUCAAUGGGGCCAAGUUUUGGAGGGUUUAAGGGCAGAAAUUUGAAGCUUAUAAUUUUAUAAAAUCACUUAAAUUAAUUCUUCUGUUAAAACUCAUGUAUUAUUUGAGCUGUAAAGCUGUUUAAAUCGUCAUUUUAAAGUCAUUUUAGAGUUUAUUGACAUUACAUCGUCAUGGCAACGAAGUUGUAAAACUGGCUAUAACUUCACACAGAAAAGGUUAGUAAGUGAUUUUAUCACAGUAAAAUCAUGUUAAUAUAUUUUUUAUGUCUUGAAGCUAUACUUUUGAAACAGUGAGUAUUUUAAAGUUUACGGAUUGGACCCCAUUCACUUCCAUUGUAAGUGCCUCACUGGAACCCAGAUUUUUGCUUUUUUAAAAGAAAAGGAGGGGCAAGUAAAAAUAAAUUUUUGUGGUAAACAGUAUUAUGCCACAAAUGCUGUCAAUUGAGCUUAACUUGCAUUUAACCCGAAAUGUUCCUUUAACUAAUUUUAACGAAUACAGCCUUGUUAUAAAGUUUUACCCACUUUGUUUACAGCAUUUUUUAAUCUUGGUUAAUUUUAAUUUAUAAAUGUAAAAUUGUUCAUUGUUAGAUAAUGCAUAAUGAACUAAGAUGUACUAAUGUUAAUGUCUAACUUUUAAUGUAAAAAUGUAUAAUGUAGAAAUGAACAUGAACCCAUUUUACUAAAUGCUGUUUGUUAGUUCAUGUUAACUAAUGUUAAUCUAUACAACCUUAUUGUAAAGUGUUACUGAAAAUGGUGUUCCUGUGUUAUUCAGUUUAAAUAGACAAUUGUAUGGACAAGAAGCAAUCUACAAGGAGUGUGUGCAUAAAAGAGAAAGAAAGAGAGAGAUGGGAGAAGAGAGAGAGGAGGGAAGAAUGUGUAGGAGUCAGGAAAAUGGACCACCAUCUGCUCAGGAUAUUAGUGAGAAAAUAAUGAAAGCAGUUCACUGUAGCUUAUCACUGGGCCUUGAAAUAAUGAGUCCUCUAAAUAAGUGAAACGGUUUCCAGUAAGCGCUCACUACUUUCAUAAUCAGUUUAAUGGGAACUGAUUGGCAGCUGACCUGAUUAAGCAUCCAGUUUUGUACUUGUAAAAUUCAUUAAAACAGAACCAGGCUCGAUGAGGCUUUCACAAUUAUAAAAAUCGAAUUAAAAUAGGAGUGCUUUGUCAGUGCUUAUAAUAAAAUGUCAUGCUUGCCAAUGUGCAGUUAAAAUGGUUGUCCACAAUAAGAAUCUUUUUGCAUUCUGAAUUUGCAGUUUAGGAUGAUGAGAUGAUUGGCUUGCCUGGCAGAGGAUCUGAUGUAAACAAGGCGUAUUGUUUUGGACAGAGUUAAUCUAGGCCGAGAAGGACCAUGGUGACAUUGAAUGGCAGUUCACUUUCGCUCCAGAGCUAAACACCAUAUUCAGACCCUUCCCUCAAUUGGCUUGUCUGUUCUGAGUGAAAGUGAUUCCACAUCAACAUGUUAUGGCAUGUUUGUGAGUGUGUUUGUGAGCCUUUUAGUGCAGCUGACUGACAAACAGGCCUUUUGGAAUGUGCAGACUCUGUAAACAAUGACACAUUCUGUUCCUGUAGUUAGACAAAGCACUGUUAUAAUGUGUGUGUGAGAGAGGUGGCCGUGAUUUUGCCAAGUACAGUAGGAUGUGUUCCUGGGUUCAGUAUCUUUUGUUGGUCCUGGAACUACGUUCAUAUCAAAUAAACAGUCCUAACCCUAACCAUUACCACUAAAACCAAAGGGAAAUAAUUGGUUGAUUAGAAAAUUUUGGAAGCCCCAAUCCCCGCACUAAGACUAAUCCUAGCCUCGCGUAGCCAAACGUUUUGACUUGACAGCAAAAUGUCUGGCCCUCACUGCAACUUACUCCUACUUAGACAAGAAGUGCCAUCUGAAUGACAUGUUAAGCAAUCAAUCACAGUUCAUACUGUUCAUGCAAUAUGUGCUGUUUAAGAACGGGGCAAUACCACAAUAAUAGACCAACAGGAAAAAAUGAAUUUAAAUAAUGUUGCAUUAGUUUCUGCUACGAUUGUACCGGAAACACAUGGAAAAAUAGCAGUAAAUGAUUUAGUAAGGAGUCUAAGUACAGUACAGUAUAGUACAGUACAGAAAAUAAAUGCAAACUAUUUCACAGACAUAACUAAUAAAACAAAGAAGAAUAUAAAAUUCUGAGUAUCUUUAAAAGAUUUGAUAUCAAUAACCUGACUAACUUUUGCAAAUCCAUAGAUUAUUUCAUCCUCAAACGUUUUUGUUUCCAGGCAGACUGAUAUAAGAAGCCUACAAUAUGUGCCCUUAUUUGAGGAAGUUGCAUCAAACCAGCCAAUCAGAGUAGUGUUUACCAGAUUGAUCAAGUAAAUUAUUUUCCAGUUUUGUGUGCAAUAUGCAAUCGGUUAAGACUGUCCUAACACUAAUUCUAACCCUAAAUCUAAGGAUGUCCCAAUACUAUUUUUUU